AUGUCCGGUGGGCAGCCCGAGUGGACCGGCGCGGCCUCAACAGCGCUGCAAGAGGCUGUUGCCGUGGCGCGCAAGCACAGUAAUGGCUACCUGGACCCCGUUCACCUGGCGUACGCGCUGUUCAAGGACGAGAACGGUCUUCCCUCGCGUGUCCUGAAGAAGAUUGGGGCGGGUGUCGUGACGGACGCCUUCAUGGGCCGCAUCGAGGCAGUUCCCACGCAAAGCCCCGCACCGACGCAGCCGCGCCCCAACACGGACAUGACGCGUGUGUUAAACACCGCGGAGCAGAAGCGGGUUGCGUUGGAUGACACCCUUAUGGCCGUUGACCACCUCCUCCUUGCGCUGUACGAGAGCAAAGACGCAGCCACCAUCCUCAAGGCCGCUGGUGCUGACAGCAAAAAGAUUGAGAAGGCUUUGAUGGAGCUGCGCAAGGGGAAAAAGAUUACCUCCGAGUUUCAGGACCAAAACUACGAUGCUCUCUCCAAGUACGCCACAGACCUGUGCAAGCAGGCAGAGGAAGGGAAACUAGACCCGUUGAUUGGCAGGGCCGACGAGGUAUUACGCACCAUUCGUGUUCUGUCGCGGCGAACGAAAAACAACCCGGUCUUGAUUGGCGAACCUGGCGUUGGCAAAACCGCCAUUGUGGAAGGCAUUGCACAGCAGAUUAUUCGGGGUGACGUGCCGGACACCCUCGCGUCUUCACGCAUCUUUUCGUUGGAUCUCGGUGCACUCGUCGCCGGUGCGAAGUACCGUGGCGAGUUUGAGGAGCGUCUCAAGAGUGUCCUGAAUGAGGUGCGAGAGAGCUCCGACACCAUCAUUCUCUUCAUUGAUGAGAUCCACCUUGUGCUCGGGGCCGGCAAGACGGAGGGCGCAAUGGAUGCAGCCAACCUUCUGAAACCAAUGCUGGCACGCGGGGAGCUGCGCACGAUUGGUGCAACCACCCUGGAGGAGUACCGCCAAUACGUCGAGAAGGACGCGGCCUUUGAGCGACGUUUCAUGCCGGUGUAUGUGGAGGAGCCAAGCCCGGAAGAGUGCAUCAGCAUUCUCCGUGGGCUGAAAGAACGCUACGAGACACACCACGGUGUUCAGAUCACGGACAAUGCCGUGGUGGUAGCCGUCCAGUUGGCCGACCGUUACAUUACGAGCCGCUUCAUGCCCGACAAAGCCAUCGAUCUUAUUGAUGAGGCGUGCGCCAACGUGCGUGUGCAGCUCACGUCGCGCCCAGAGGAGAUUGACCAGCUGGAGCGCAAAAAACACCAGCUGGAGAUUGAGGCAAAGGCUCUUGAACGUGACAAAAAGGAGAAGCAAUCGCAGGAGCGAUUGAGGGCUGUCAAGGGGGACAUUCAGCGUGUGGAGGAGCUCCUCCAACCACUGCUGGAGCGGUACAAUGAGGAGCGCAAGCGCAUUGAUGAGCUGCAGGAAAUGCAAACCCGCCUGGACGAGAAAAAGACGAAGCUGGAGCGAGCUGAGCGCAUGCGGGACAUGGAGCUUGCCGCCGAUCUCAAGUAUAAUGCCAUACCCGCCAUUCAAGACCGCAUCCGCUCGCUGAAGGAGCAGAUUGAGAAGGAUAAAGCCUCCAUGGUGCAGGAGAAAGUCACGGAGGUGGACGUCGCGGCGGUGGUAGCCCGCUGGACGGGUAUUCCGGUUGCAAAGUUGAGCCAGACCGAUCGUGAGCGGCUGCUGCAUCUCUCAGACCACCUGCACUGUCGCGUGAAGGGGCAGGACGAGGCGGUGGAACGCGUCUCAGAUGCCAUUCUGCGUUCGCGCGCGGGUCUUUCACGGCCGCGCACUCCCACCGGUUCUUUUCUUUUUCUUGGUCCAACGGGCGUCGGCAAAACGGAGCUGGCGAAGGCGGUUGCGGUUGAACUCUUUGACGACGAAAAGAAUAUGGUUCGCAUUGACAUGAGUGAGUACAUGGAGCAGCACGCUGUCGCACGUCUCAUUGGGGCACCACCAGGGUAUGUGGGUCACGAGGAAGGCGGGCAGCUGACGGAGCCCGUACGCCGUCGGCCGCACACGGUGGUUCUGCUCGAUGAAGUGGAGAAGGCCCAUCCAUCUGUGUUCCACGUGUUGCUGCAGGUGCUGGACGAUGGCAGGCUGACAGACUCGCACGGCAGGACUGUUGAUUUCAGCAACACCAUCAUCAUUAUGACGUCCAACCUUGGGUCAGAGCACCUGGUCCAUUUGAGCAACUCACCAGGGGUGUGGGCGGCGACACGGGAGAAGGUGAUGCAGGUGGUGCGGAGGUACUUCCGCCCGGAGUUUGUCAACCGUCUUGACGACAUUGUGCUCUUUCGCAGGUUGGGCUUUGGGGAGCUUCACGACAUCGUCGACAUUAUCAUUGCAGGGGUGAACGAGCGACUGAAGGCACAUGACAUUCUGCUGGAGAUUACAGACGAGGUGAAAAAUUUUGUGCUGGAUAAUGCCUUCGACGCCGAGAUGGGCGCCCGCCCGCUGCGCCGUUGGGUCGAGAAACACAUCACCACGGAGGUGAGCCGCAUGAUUCUCGCGCAGCAGCUUCCGCCGAAUAGCACCGUGAAGGUGUCCGUCAACAGCGGCCAGGGUAAACUCGCCUUCAGCGUGAAGCGUUCCUCAUCGUCGUAG